AGGAGGGGGAGGGUUGGCAUGUUCUCUUCCCGGGGCGGAAGGAGACGUUGCGCUCAGGCAGGAGAAUGAAUCGCAGCGCCACCGAGCCUGGAACCUCCGACGUAGUAGAAUGGAGCUGAGAAGAAUCACAGUUACAUUGUAGCCAGAAACAACCCCCUCCGACGUAGUAGAAUGGAACUGAGAAUAAUCACAGUUACAUUGUAGCCAAAAACAAACCCCCGAAUAUUGUUCCAAUAUAACAGUUCCGUCGGAGGAAUAGAAACACAGCGAUGCGGACCAGGCGCUGAACAGGAGCGGCCGGGGUGAGAACAAGGCAGAAAGAUGGGCGCCGUGCUACGGACUGUGUUGUUGUGUAGUUUUUCUUUGCUAAUAAGAGGUGUACCCCUCCUGCUCUAUGCCAACCGACGGGACCUGCGGCUGGUGGAUGCGGCCUACGGCAGGGCCAACGCCACCGUGGUGGUGGGCGGUCUGGAGGACGCCGCAGCUGUGGACUACGUAUACGCUCAGGGAUUGGUCUACUGGAGUGACGUCAGCGAGGAGGCAAUCAAACGCACCACCUUCAACCAAUCAGGGCCCGGCUCGGCGGCGGCCGUCCAGACGGUGGUUGUAUCGGGGUUGGCGUCCCCGGACGGCCUGGCCUGUGACUGGCUAGGCAGGAAGCUGUACUGGACGGACUCCGAGACCAAUCGGAUAGAGGUGGCCGAGCUGGAUGGAUCUUUACGGAGAGUCCUCUUCUGGCAGGACCUGGACCAGCCACGAGCCAUCUCUCUGGACCCGGGGAGAGG